AUGGUUGUAACACAGUUAUUAAAGUGUUCUAUUCUCUUGUUUCUCACUUGUGUCUUCAAUUUGUUAACUACUCCUGCUUAUGCCCUCAACAUAGGAGCUGAAACCACUGGAGUAGCUGUUUCUGUUAGCAAAGAGUGUAGCAGACAAUGUGAGUCAAGUUUCUGCUCAGUGCCUCCAUUGUUGAGAUAUGGAAAGUAUUGUGGACUUUUGUAUAGUGGAUGCCCUGGUGAAAAACCUUGUGAUGGCCUUGAUGCUUGUUGUAUGAGCCAUGAUCAAUGUGUCACAGCCAAAAAUAAUGACUACUUGAGCCAACAGUGCAGCCAAACAUUCAUAGACUGCAUGGAGAAAUUUAAGAACACAAAGGCUCCUACAUUCAAAGGAAACACAUGCCAAGCAGAUGAUGUUAUUGAAGUAAUCAAGGUAGUCAUGGAAGCUGCUUUACUGGCUGGAAGAGUUUUACACAAGCCUUAA